ACCACGUAGCUGCAUCAGGCUAGCAGCGAAUUUGUAUUUUUUUCACGAUUUAACACUUCUCAACGCAACGCGUCUAGUUGCAAGAAGUGAAGGAAUCUCUGAGGAAAUAUGAGUUGUGCUUGUCUUCGGCAGGUUGUUUGUACUUGCAAAGGCUGCAAUGUUAAAUCCGAGUGAACUGCACGGUGAAGUGGAUCACUCGUUUUUUGACAGUGACUGUGAUAACAGUGAAGAUGGGGGUAAAAGGAUGGAGAAAAAUGUGAAGGCUAAAAAGCAGAACCCUACAAGUCAUACUGGCAAUCCUGGGGCUAAUAUACCCCAAAAGAAGCAAGUGCAGAUCAGCAAGAACAUCAGAGCACCUGAUGUAUCCUCUGUUUCCAGUGCUUUAGGUAAAGCCACAAAGGACAGUGAGUAUGGCUCUUAUUUGCAUUCUAAAAGCCUCAGUGGAACAAAUGCAGCUUUGUUGUCAAUCACACAAGAUGCUGAUUGUGUCUCUAACAAUAAUCCAGGUGAGAUGGAAGAAAAUGCCUUAGCAUCAAGAAAGAGAAACAAACAGUCUCCUAAAAAACUGAUAAGCAAUCGUCACCUUCAAAGUCCAUCUCCCACCCCAACUCAGUCCAGUGCAGACAGCUUCUGUAGCAGUAGAAACAGUGAUGUGGAGCCUUACAACCAUCCCAAAACCACCAAAUCUUCACGUCCUGGAAGAGGAAGAGUGGGGUCGGCAGGAUCUCAUAAUUUGCCUAACACUAGUGCAAAUGAAUCAGAUGACAGUGCAACAGAUGUAAGCCCCUCAUCCUCCCCUGGAUCCAGUCCUUUGCAGUUGCCAAAGCUGACCCACACAGACUUUGAAGAGGAAAGCCAUCAGGAACAGCAGCAAGAGAGUGCACCCUCCAGUGGCCUUGGUACAAUCCACAUGGAUGAAGUUUCCAUCAGUUUAGGAUCUCAGCUUGAUCAUAAACUGGUUUUCCAUUAUCCUGGAGGGCGAAACAGGAAGAACUACUCAUUUUCCAAUGACGAGGUCUGCCGCAUAGAUCGAGAGAAUCAGCGACUUCUUCGGGAGCUGUCACGAGUUUCUCCAAGCCACAGAGCAGGAAGUGGAGUGGGAAAGAGAGCGCAUGUGGUCAGCAACUUGCCUCGGACUCUCCUCUCUCACAGUGCAAUUAAUAGGCAAAAAAAUCAGCAACGCAUCGAGCGGGAGAACCUGGCUAUCCUGAAAAAACUAGAGUCUGUGAAACCCACACCGGGCCUGCGGCGGUCAGAACAACUGUCAGACUACGAGCGCCAAAUAAGAUACCCUGGAGGUCGAUCAAAUCACCUUAAGUGUUCCAUCACAAAAGAAGGGAGAUCUCGUACCAGAACAUCCUCAGGUCCGAGGUCAGUCAUCUCCAGUGCUGCUUUCGCUGACACUGACUCCACUACUACGCCUGUACCCCGAUCUAAAAAACUAAACGCAGCCCGACCAGCCUGGUGCUGAGAAGCCAACUGGUUCCACGGAGGUAUACAACCAUGCAUACUCUCUUACGGAUAAUUAUUAUCACCCGGCAACCUAUCGUCCCUUUUUUUUGGAAUUUCAAGUGGAGUAACUGGAGAACUCUCGCGCGCCCACACACUGUGGAUUUGAACGGGUAACUUUUGUCCUGUAAGAUGGCUUUGCUACCAUUUUGUCCAUCAUUUCACCAUUUCCUUAGUUGUCUGAAGCAGCUCUACACGGAAUAUAUAUACAUGUACUGUACAGUAUAUAUGUAUAUAUAAAAAAUUAUAUGUAUAAAAAUGUCUGCUUUUUGAUUCCGAAAUAUAAUACAGCCAAUGUUCUAAUGUCAAAGCUUUUGAAAUCACUGCAGUAAUUUAACUCUGUCUUCUCAAUACACGAGCAACUUUGCAGUCCUUUAAUUGCAUUUUACAAGAAAUGUUUACACUUCAGCAGUUGAAAUUAUAAAUAUUGUGAUUAGGUCUGUUUUUAUCAAUUUUUUAUUAUUUAUGGUCCAAUUAUAUAUUUAGAAUAGUAAAAUGUUUUUUUAAUUAUUGUAUUUUUUUCCUUUGGUGUUAUAUUCAUGAUGCCACUUGUAAAUUUGAGAAUACAUGUCCAUAAAAAAUAUACGUAAUUAAGUAAGUUGCUUCUUUUAUAUCUGUUAGUACUGCCCCCUGGAAAUCAAAGUUGCAUCCACAGGAACCAGAUUAAUUCUUUGUAUCAAAGAGGAAAAUAGUUAUGUUAACAGAAUCUAAAAAAAAGACAAGAAUAGACACAUAUUGUUUAAGUUAUUGCUGCUAAAUCAUAAUUCAAGCCACUGAGUCAUGUUUUUCACUUUUGUUGUAUUCAGGCUUAGUUUUUGGUCAAAAUACUGAAAUGUUGCCCGUAAAUAUCUCACGUAUUCUUGUUGUGAGUUUGUAU